AUGGCCAUCCAGCACCAGCAGCCCAGCGAAGCCGCCUCCACCACGCCCUCCGGCAAGCCCAUCCCGCCCCGCCAGCGCAGGAUCGCCCUGCUCGGCUCGCGCUCGGUCGGCAAGAGCAGCCUGGCCGUCCAGUUCGUCGACGAGCACUUCGUCGAGUCCUACUACCCCACCAUCGAACACUCCUUCUCCAAGACCGUCGAGCUCAACGGCCGCCUCUUCAACCUCGAGAUCCUCGACACCGCCGGCCAUGACGAGUUCACCAUCCUCGACUCCAGACAGGCUAUCGGACUCGACGGAUGGGCCCUCGUCUACUCCAUCAAUUCCCGCACCUCCUUCGACAUGGUGGCGAUCAUCAGGGACAAGAUCCUCGGCUUCAUCGGCGCCGAGCACGUCCCGAUGGUCUUGAUCGCCAACAAGACCGAUUUGGAGUCGCAGAGACAAAUCUCCACCGAGGAGGGCCAGUCAUUGGCCGCCGAAUGGAAGUGCGGCUUCGCAGAGGCCUCGGCCCGGUCGGGCGAGAACGUCAUGAACAGCUUCCUCCUGGCGCUCAUCGAGGUCGAGAAGGAGCUCAACCCGGACGAGGCUCCCGGCGGGCCCGCGCGCCCCGGCCACCCCAAACAAUCCUCCUCCGCUGCCGAGCAGUCGCGCGCCGGCUCGGCUGCUGACAAGAACUCGAAAUGCUCGAUCGUGUGA